CACUUUUUCACUAUGUUUCUGCUUACACAGUUCUGCCACUCUCGCAAUUCCGACGCUAAUUUUCAGCCUCACGUAUCAAAUGCAUCGUCUCCGCAACUCCGCGGACUUAUUUAUCUCUUCACACAACAAUAAAAGGCGAUAGAUAGCAGUGAUCUUUGUCCUGGACAACAUGUUUGAGGUUAGGCAAACAUCACUUCUAUUUCGAAGAUGGGUGCACACUUUGUCCCAUGACGGUCCUACAGAAACCUUGAAGAGAAAGGUUGCUGAAUUGGAGAAGAUAAGGAAAAGGAGGAAACCUAAAAAGAAUCAGUUGUUUGUGGAGGUUCCAGAGUCAAUCUCGUUCCUUGACACAGCCACACUGCCAAUGGUCCUUGCUGUUGCUGGAAUUGCACUCUUUGCAAAGCUCCUUAUGAUGCAUGAUGAGUCAAAAUCCCAGGAAAUGAUUGAACGAAAGAUUAAAAAUGCUCCUCCUGGUCAAGGCACUGUCAGGAUGCUUACUCAUGAGGAGUGGGAGGAAUUUCGAGAAGUGAGACCAAGGACUCCUUUUGAAUCCAAGCUUGCACGUCCUAGCGCACGAAUAAGAACAGGUGAAUCAGUACAUAUGGAGGACUUGAAGAACUGGACAAUUGAUGUUCUCACAGACGCACUUACACGGGCUGAAGAGAGUGUUAAACACGGUUCAAAGUGAGUUCAGUCUUGGUGUGAGUACAGUUCAAUGGGAGAAAGAAACAAAAUCUUAAAAGAUUUUCAAGCUUGAAGUUGAUGCACGCGCGGGCUGGUGCAAUGCCAUAGCAUCUUGAAUCUCACUUGAUUUAAACAAUAUCAUUAAGUUUAAUGCCAUAUGGACAUCUUAAUUUUCUAUAUUCUUUGCUACAGCUGUACCAUCUGAUAAUUUGGUUGCAUGCCAUAUUCCAUGCCCAGCUUUUUGUCUCUCCCUAGUCUUUUAUUUAAUCACUGAUUGAUCUUUUAUCAUUUAGUCUAAAAAGUUUAUUUUCUCUUAUUGCAUGUAUGGAGGACUUGAAGAACUGGACAAUUGAUGUUCUCACAGACGCACUUACACGGGCUGAAGAGAGUGUUAAAUACGGUUCAAAGUGAUUUCAGUCUUGGUGUGAGUACAGUUCAAUGGGAGAAAGAAACAAAAUCUUAAAAGAUUUUCAAGCUUGAAGUUGAUGCACGCACGGGCUGGUGCAAUGCCAUAGCAUCUUGAAUCUCACUUGAUUUAAACAAGAUCAUUAAGUUUAA